AUGUAUCCCAUCGCAGGAGUCUCGGUACUCCUUACCAUCGUCAGCUUCGUGCUGGUGAUGUUGACGAUCUUCGCCGGCAACAAGCCCGGAUACAUGGAAGAUUAUCACAUUCUUUACUUUAAUACUUCGACAUUGGGCGAGAACCUUAUUUCAAAUCUGAAGGCCCGGGCCCCCGUCCCUAUGCCAGAGCCCACGGCACCUCCAACUCUCCUGGAUCGCUUCCACGCCGCCCCAGAGAAGCGCAUCGACGUCGGCGGUGUCGUCAAUGACGUUGGUAACGGUAUCGGAGACGUGGCCGGCCAAGCUGGCUCUGCCGUAGGAGGUGUUGCCACCGCAGCCGGAGCAGCCGCCACCGAAGCGGUCGGCAAAGGUCUUGACGCCCUCCAAGACAUCCAGAACAACCUCGCAGACGAGCUGGCGAAGAAGCUUGGUAUCAAGGAGUUCUACUCGAUCCACCUGGUCGAUCUUUGCCAAGGUGACUUCUCGCCCAAAGCCACUGAUCCCGAGGCGACCUUCGACGUGAAAGAAUGCACCGAGGCGUUCAACUACAAACUGCUCAACAUAACUGCGUUGCUUGACAAGCAGCUCAGCGUUGGCCCCUUGAAGCUGAAUAUAGCCGACCUGGGCCUCACAGAUGACAUCCAGGACAAGCUCGACGAUGUCCCGAAGAUCAUCCAGUCCAUCGUGGCCAUGUACAUCAUCGCAGCCAUAUUCAUCAUCCUAGCCCUGUUCGGAUCCUGCGGCGCUAUCGCCCUCAUCCCCAACUCAGCCGGACGCAAUAUCGUGAUGGGCAACCUGGGCCUCGCCGGCGUAGCGGUCUUCUUCCUCCUGAUAGGCAACCUCAUCACCACCAUCGGCAGCGGCGUGGUGGUCGACAAGGUUACCGACCUCGGCGACAAGUUUGGGCUGUCGGCGGUGCGCGGCGGCAAGUUCAUGGCGCUGUCGUGGGGGGCCUUCGCGGUGAUGCUGCUGGUGGUGUUCUACUGGGUGUACGAGUUCUUCGCCGAGAAGAAGCGCGGCAGCGACGAGCACAACCGGGCCAUCGGCGGGUUCAGCUUUGGCCAUGCCAAGUCCGAGGCCGGGUGGAGCGAGACCGACUCGGGCCUUGCGUCCCGGGAGAACUCGUUCCCCCGGGAGCAACAGCAAGACCAGGGCGAAUACCCACCGACGCAUGACCCCUAUGCCCACCGUGCCCCCCGCGGGAUGGACCCUGUGAGCCCCCUGGAUGAAGUCUCCCUGGGCGGGUAUAACAACGACCGGGGCACACACGAGCGCGAGCCUGUCUCGCCGCUUAACUACCGCAACGGGUACUAA